AGCCUCAGUCAGCUGGCGUCAGGCGAGCUCCGAGCAUCCCGACUCACGCCACUCCUGUGCGCAAAUUGCAUCACACAACCUGCUCCUCAUCUCCGCGCCCUCCGCGCACAUCCAGACCUGCCUCAACCGCCGGACAGUGCUUCGAGUGACAGUGCAGUGGUCUGCCCAAGAGGACACACAGACGCAUCCCCUGGCCGUGUUACCGCAGGUCAGGGAUGUAAGCACAGGUGACGCUCGCCUUUGGUGCCGCAAAGUUCAGUUGAAACCCGAUCAAUUAAUUGAUUAAUUAAGGAAGAAAAUAUACACAUGGCCGGACCGUACUCGGCCGUCAAGGCGCCCACCAGCGUCCUCGAGGAGGAGCUGAUGGACUUUGAAAACGCCGCCACCCACUACAACGCCGACGAGUGCUGGACCCUGUCCGAGCUGGACGACGAGGCCCUCCAGAGCAUCGUGUCCACCAAGACCAGCAGCGGAACUUCUUCUUCCUCUUCAGCCACAGGAAGCAACCGCUGUCUCAACCCGAUCAGUACCAACGUCUCGCCUAAGAUUCCACCACCAAGUUCGCCAUUGCAAAGUGCCGUGACCCCGAGCACCCUAGUUGUCAGUCCAUUGUUGUCCUCCCUACCGGCGUCGCGACUGCCCACAAUGAAAAUUGACUCGAGCGAGACGACAACCUCGUCAUCCGACUCGAUUUUCGGGUGCGUCCGAUUCGGCAGCACCAACGCCUACAUCAACAAAACGGGUCGGCCGAGCAUGAUCAGUGCUAAGUACCGACUCAAGGAAGAGCGGCGCAAGGUGCUCAAGAUCUCAAUCGGCAAGUUCAAGCGUAUUGAGGACCACGAAAGUUCGUUGCGACGCUCUGUUCUCAUCAACAACACAAUGAAACGGCUGCAGAAGGAGGCCCGAGAGGAGAAGUUGCAACGCCAGGGCAUCUUUCAGAUCAACUCUGCCUUCAGUGCUCCUGAGCUGGACCUGAAACCCACCGUGCUGGAGCCGGCAGUAGAAAAGGUUCCUCAGAGCAACCAACGGAAAAGGUCAAUCAGCACUGAUGACUGCGAAGACUGUGACGUGCAGGACGUGCUGAGCCACUUCUACAUGCCACCGACCCCACGCCUGUUGACUUCCAUUGAUGACGAGGAUGACAUGCAGGUGCCUAAUAAAAAGCAAAGGGUGAUGCUUGAGGAGGAGCCUCAGAACGAAAACAUUAAUAUCAUCCAGUUGCCAUCGGUGCCCAAGGAGAGCCUCAACAACAACAGCAACAGUGCCGAUGACCUCAUGAAGAAAUGCGAGACUGAAAAGCCGACGCCGAUCACCCAAGUCAAGAUUGCGGCGGAUGACAUUGUAAUGGCUGACGAAGCCGAACUCGACGUGGUGAACACAAGUGAUGACGAUAGGUUAGUGGUUUGUGAAGAGCCCUUGCUGGACACGCCGCCUUCCUCUUGCUCAGACAGCGAGGACGAGGACAUCGACGUUGUGAACAGUGACAACGACGAACGGUUACGUCCCUCACAAGUGGAGGCUGAGAGAACAGGUGGCGCAGCCAGCGGUGAAAGCGCUAACGACUCUUCGGACCAGCAGCACUUCUCGUGCGGACACACGUCGAUUUUUGGUGAACUGCAGUCAGUGGUUUUUCACAGUUUGAUCGCAUCUCUCGAGUCCUAGCGCUAUAGACUGUGAUGGCAGCAUUUGUAUCCCGACGAUGGUAGUGCCGAAUAUUAUUAUUGUUGGGAUAACUACUACAACAGUUAUUACCAGUGAUUUGCCAUCACCUGCAAAAGAAAAACGGACUGAUUCAAACAAACAAUUAAAACAAAACAUUUAAUAUGAAAAUUGGGACUUCUGAUGCCGUAGUUUUUUAUAGAGCCACUCGGGCGUUUACCGAAUCGCAUAUAUUAUACAUAAUAUACAUGUUCAGACGUAUAAGGUUUUUACUGCAUUUUUCAACGCGAUCAUGAUCGAUUGAUUGAUAGAAUUUAACAAAGAAAAAAAUUAACACAAUGAAGCGAAAAUGAACACAGUUAGCCCGUAUUGUGUACAUACGAAAAUAGAUGAAUUAUAUUUAGAGAGUGAGAGAUACGCAAUUACAAAGCAACAUGGAAAAUAAAAAUGAUGAUAUCUAGAUUUUAGUACAUUUGUAUAACAUUUUACUAAUACCACACACACAUACACAGUAAUCAUCUAUCAAUAAAAGCGUGCAACUAGCAUUACAGGACGAUGAUGAUAAUCGAGCAAGCAACUUUUUGUGUAGUUGCAAUCGCACAGACACAACACUUUCCUUCUGUAGACACAAUUGCAAAUCUUGAAAAAAAAAAAUUUUGAUGCUUGCCAAAUAUUGAAAAAAAAAUGUGGAUAGAUAAAAUGGCACAUAGAUGAAAAGGCUUUCUAAAUUCAUUCGUAUUCUAAGAAUUAUAAAAUUGAUGUGUGUACUAGUGUUGUGUUCAUCCUUCUAAAAGCAACUGCACCAUAAUUAAUGUAGACCACUGCUACAUAUAAUUGCCGCUGAAAGAAAGAAGAAGGUCUUGCUCUGUAGUUUUAAAGAUGCAAACUCUCAUCUUUCUCUCAUAGUACAGUUUGAAAUCGCCGCGACUUUCUAGCAUUGUACUGCAAUGCAAAAUUUGCAUUAAGAUGGAAAGCUUUAAAUUAAUUUUUUUUCUUACUUCUUUUGACUAUUUGACUUGACGAGCCAGUGCCCCUUUGACGUUUCAUAAAACAUAUUCUCCCAAGUGAGUUAUUUUCACCCCACAAGAAAUUUUUUUUUUAUUUUUAUUGUUCGCCUUUCUUCUAUUUAAUCAGCCAGCCAAGCGCACACGCAAACACUUAACCUAUAAGAGAACAUUGAUUUAUUUGUUGUGCCCCUCCAUAUAUAUUUCUGUUGUAUGUGUUCGUUUUAAUAGUCCCAAUCUAGUGAAUGUACGCUUUUUACCAAAAAAGAUAAAAGAAGUGAUCAAUAUUUAAAUCUAUUCAGCUCCGGAGAAAGUUCUGUACAAUUUAACUGAGCAGAGCACUAACAGACUUUAUAAUAAUCUCCCGCGCAUUCAUUCUUACGUCAAUGUAUAGGUGAAAGUUUUUGUUGCAUUAAAGGUUGGCUGGUUAAUAAAAAAAAUAAAUCGUAAUACACAUAGUAGCUCGACGAUCCGUUUGCCUCCGUGCCGAUGUUGUAUCUUUUAUAGUUACAAAAUUAACUCCCUCACUCACUUUUUUUUGCCUUUUGUUAAAACAAGACGCAGAGAGUGGCCGCAGCUUAUCCAAUACCUCUGAUUAAUUACUGCUACCUCCGUGUAAAUAAAUUUCCCUCUUUCUCGCCAGUAUAAAUAAUUGAACACUCUCGUAUAAAUAAUUCAAUUAAAAACUUCAAACGUACGUGUUUUUCUGACUUUCCUCUUAGUUACGAAUAAAUAACAUUUUAUAUAGGCGACGCAGAUAGAUAGUUAGUGUUCUUAGGGCUAUUCUUGUAGAUUAUUACUUUUAAAUGGCUGUGAUAUGUCCCAUGUAUAUGCUAAUAAACGUACGCUGAAGUGAAUCAACUAAUUAAAAUAUUGUGUAAAAACGACCGCCUCUUUCAUCAUUAGGGUAAAAGUGGUGAGAAGAUAAAAAAAAACAUGAUCCCCCCCAUCUGCAGUAUUUCAGUUCAGUGGCAUACACAAAUUUUAUUACUUAACAAUUUCCUCACUAAAUUAAUUUUCAAUGAAGGCUGUGUUUUCCAUAGAAAAUUUCCAAUGCAUUUGCAGUUUCGACCAACUACUUUAAUUAAUACUUAAUUAAGCAACCAAAACUCUCUUUACUUUGGAUUCAGGGAUUCGCGUAGGCAUUAGUCAACCUUAUUAAAUGAUUUUCAUAUCCAAAUGUAUGCAAACACAUUUUUACGUGUAACAAAAAAUCUGGCCAAAUAACAACUUUCUAUACUACUAUUAAAUAUGAUAGAAAGACAGAUAAACCUCCGUGUAGCAUGGUGACGUGACUGACGACUAAUGACUUUUUACUAGACGAGACAAGCAUCCAGCGAGGAAUCUUUUCGAGUCGCCUCGAAGGAAUUCAAUGUUAUAGGCGAGACAAACGCUUUCCAUCCACAAAAAGAAAAAUAAAUCACAAAAUAGUUUCUUCGGCCGAACAUCCGUCUCUAUUCGUGCAGUGGUAUAAGCAGGAAAAAACUAACUGAUUUAUCACAUCAUUAUUUUUAGAGUUUCACACAUUUUUUUUUUUUACUUUUAUGAAGACUAAGUAUUUUUAAUUUUUAAUAUCAUUUCAAAUGUUCUCUUUAGCUAAUGUGGGUUGAUUUCGGUGGGGGAUCGAGAAGUCCCUUAAAAUCCGAUUUGCGGUAUUGCACUACAUACUUUUCUCGCAUAUUCGCUAUACAUAUAUUUAUUAUCAAGAAGCUGUUUUAUUAAUUUAAUUUUGUGUAUUUAUCCGCGACAAUGAUGAUGAAGUUUAUGACUUAUAAAUGAUUAUGGUUUCUCUCUCACAAUCAACUGCUGUUUGUCCACGCUCAAAUAAGUAAUGAAAAAACGAAUGAUUUCAUUGAAUGAUUGUUUCGAAACGAGUCACUCGAGAGUAAAUUCGAUGCAUUUUGUGCCAUUAACUGAUAAAUGCUGCUGUAAAAAUUUUGUGUAUACAAAACCCAAAGAUGCGAACCUACACAGAGAAAAAGUAUGAGAAAUAAACGGUGAACUUUUGGAGUAAACACGCUGCUACUAAAUGUACUUGAAAAAAGCUAGCAAAAUACUUGAUUUCGCCACUAUAUACUCACAAUCGAUGUGAAAAAUGAAGAGACAUCCUCGUUUAAUUAAUAUUGCCGACUAAAUCAAAAUAACGAGUGCUGAUGAGACGCGUUUUGUAUAGAAAACAAACAAAAGCCGAUUCACAAUGUAAGAUGUGAGGUGUCUCUGCGUGCAAGCUGAUUAACUCCAAAAACCUUGUACUUAUGCAACUCAAAGUAAAAAUGAAAGCAAAAAACCAAAACGAUUUGUAUUUGAUCACACUUCUCGCUUCUGCCUCGCCCGCUGCUAAGUUACCCGCACAAUGAGUGCGGUCAAUGUAAAGUUGUAUAGAAAAAAGAGCAAGUUUUGAAAGAGAGGCGAAUUAAAACUGGGAAGGUGAAUUUAUCUCAUUCUUGUGUGCUUACAACUAGGGUGACUCUAAACAACACAGUGUAAACUAAAACAAGAGAAUGCUUUGUAUAAAAUUUAUCCGCUGCUAAACGAUCAUCAUUGACUAUGUUUACAGAGAAAAAUCACAAGAAAGAAGGUUCUUAUCCUUUGCCUUAAUUUGUGCAGCAAAUUAUUUUUUGGAAAACUUUUGUGUCUCGACAGGUUGAAGUGUUGCGCUGAGAAUUUUACUUUUUGUAUAGAAAAAUUUGUGAAAAGCUCAUGAUGAAUAUUGCUUCAACAUGCAGAUAAAAUCACGGAGAAGAGAUUUGUUACUACCCUUAAUGGCAGGAUAACCUUCACCAUAAAAAUAAAAUAUAUUAUACAAAAAUGACAAAAGCAUAAAAAAAUAAAAAGUACCUGAAAAA